CUUCACCACCUUCGAACAAUUGUAGAGACACGAUGGCCUCGCUUCGCAGUUGGCUGGCUAUCCGACUGUGGGGGCCCGAGCCCAAGACCCGCGCUCUGCUGGCUAAACUCGACAUCACUCUUUUGCCCUACUUCUCCUUGGUUUGGUUUCUCUUUGGCGUCACCCGAUCCAGCUAUUCGUCCGCCUAUAUCAGUGGGAUGAAAGAGGCGCUCGGAUUCCAGGGCAAGGAGUACAACUACAUGAACACUGCCUAUCUGGUGGUGUAUGCGGUGUGCCAGAUGCCCGGCACCAGUCUAUUGACCAUCGCCCGCCCUAAGUAUGUGUUUGUCACCGCCAAUGUGACCUGGAGCGUCUUGACCCUGAUCACCUACAAGAUGACGCGGGCCUGGCAGGUCAUCUUGCUGAAUGCGAUUGAAGGAGGCUUCUCGGCCAUUGCCUAUGUCGGCGCCCAGUUCAUUCUCGGCUCGUGGUAUCAGAAAUCCGAGCUCGGGAUGCGGGCAGCAGUCUUCUGCGUCUUUGGCCAUAUCGGCACAAUGGCUGGGGGAUGGAUCCAGGCUGGUCUGCUGGCGGCACUGGCGGGCAAAGGGGGUCUGCCAGCCUGGAAAUGGAUCUUUAUCAUUGUUUCCGUGAUGACCGUCCCGGUUGCACUCUUCGGCUGGGUGUUCAUUCCCGACCUGCCAUCCCACCGGUCCGCCUGGUAUCUCACCGAGGAGCAGAAAGAGCACGCGGUGACACGACUCGGCCUCGUGCGCAAGCAAUCCUGGGAUGCCACCGUCUUCAGGCGUGUCUUGCUCAGCUGGCAAUUCUGGCUCUUGCCGUUCAUCUUCAUGCUGUACUCCCUGUCGGUGCAAGAGGUGUCCAACAAUGUAAUGCCCUACUGGAUGGCUUCCAGGGGCUACUCGACCAUCCAACAGAACAAUUAUCCUACCGGAAUCUAUGCCGCCGCCAUCUUUGGCACGGUACUCUACGCCAUCAUCUCCGACCGACUCCAGUCACGCUGGCAGGUCUCGCUCGCAAUCGGCUUCACUUUCGUCAUCGGCUCCGCCAUCCUCGUCUCCAGCCCAUCCACCGACGCAGGAUACUUCGUGGCCUUCUACCUGAUCGGCACCACCUAUGCGCCCCAAGCGAUCUGGUACUCCUGGAUGGCCGACGUGACCGCCCAUGAUCUCCAGCUGCGGGCCAUCACCACCGGGUUUAUGAACUCGUUCGACUUUGCCUUCGUCACCUGGUGGCCGUUGAUCUUCUUCGCGGCCGACGAUGCGCCCAACUUCCACAAAGGGUAUAUCGCGAGUUUGGUGACGGGGGCGUUGACCAUCCCAUUUAUUGGACUAAUUGCCUAUCUUGAGAAGCGAGACCUGGCGAGAGGGAGGAUUGGCGUGACGACGAGAGAGCCUCCUCUCAUCGAUGAGCGGAGAACCUCGCGCGAGGGAAGUCCGAACACUCCAAACAAGAUGGGCGAUGACUCUAUUGUGGUGCGACCGGCUGAGGUGGGUGUUUAGAGGACAUCGACGAUGCUGGAUCCAUGCUAUGAUCUUAGCAC